UGUGCUCUAUGUCCUAUAAAUACCAGCCUUUGUUUGCAGUAAAGCUUUGAGUUUGCUGCUCCACAUUUCCUUCAAGAUGGCUCUGAAUUGGCUUCUCAGUUCUGCAUUUACUCAAGUUUUCGGCCACACAGAUGGCGGUAACUUUCACUCCAAGGCAGCGGUAGCAUGCCAUAAUGAAGGGCUUGUCCAUGGAAAUCUGAAAGGUUGCAAGGAAAUGAAUGGAGGGGUUGCCAGCAUCAAAAUCAACAAGGAAGACUACCCAAAUGGCUUCCAAAUGCCAGUUCAUUAUCCUCGAUACUCGAAGGCGGAUUAUGAGAAGAUGGAAGAAUGGAGGGUGGAUAUGCUACUGAAAGAAUAUGGAUUCAGCUUCAAGGGCAGCACUCUUGAUGAGAAGAGAGCAUUUGCCAUGGGAGCAUUUCUGUGGCCUGAUCAGCUUUGAGAUGCUACCACUAUAUAAUGAAUCAUCCCUUGUUCGGAAGUCUUUGCAUAAAGCUAUGCUUUAGUGGCAAAAUCUUCUAUUGCUUGAUGAUUUAGAUGUGUAAUUAGGUCCUAAUAAACUUGUAGUAACUAUGCAGUAAUCAUGCUUUUGUAUAGAAAUCAUGUGUUUAAUUAGGGGUUUGAAAUGUUACCAGCACUAAGCCAUCCUAAAUUAUAACUUUUCCUUAUGGUUUUGUUAAUCUUAAUCUAGUUGGCUAUAUGAACUGUUAGUUUAAUAGUAAUGAAAUCAGUUUUAAGGCUGAAGAUCUCAAGUUCAAAU